UUGUGACUGCAGUGAAUCUUUAUCCCUAAACCCCCAAGAAACAACAAGAGGAACUAAACCCUCUCUUCAUCUCUCGUGCGGCUCGCAAGUCCAGGUCCGUCCGCCCACGCCCAGCUCUUCACCUUCUGAAGUCCAGGGACAAAAUGGGCGAAGAAAAGCAACAGAGUAUUCCUGCUUUGCCAUGGAUGCGAGACCCUGUCGACGUCACUCUCACUCAGCAACUUCCUCUUCAUUCCGUCCCUUCUCUCCACCCUAAGUUGAAGUCAGCAUUGGAGGACAUGGGAAUCUCAAACCUAUUCCCAGUGCAAGUUGCAGUUUGGCACGAAACAGUUGGACCCGGCAAUUUUGAGCGUGACAUUUGUGUUAACUCGCCCACCGGAAGCGGCAAAACCCUCGCAUACGCUCUCCCCUUGGUGCAGAUGCUAUCAGGCCGUGUCACCAAAUGUCUCCGCGCCUUGGUUGUCGUUCCCACUCGCGACCUUGCUUUACAGGUCAAACAAGUCUUUGACGCCGUUGCAUCUCCAUUAGGCCUGCGUGUCGGAUUAGCUGUUGGACAAUCAUCCUUAGCUGAUGAGAUUUCUGAGCUCGUUGAAAUGCCGGCACGUGAUAUAGGCACAUGCUAUGAUCCACAUUGCAUUUCACUUCCUCGCUUUCAGAGUAAAGUUGACAUAUUGGUAGCAACCCCUGGUAGGCUUAUGGAUCACAUUAAUACUACCAUAGGCUUCACGCUUGAGCAUCUUUAUUAUCUUGUGGUUGAUGAAACAGAUCGAUUGCUUCGUGAGGCAUACCAAUCAUGGCUGCCUACUGUGCUUGAACUGAUCCAAUCUAAUGAUGAUGGUUUUUCCCUACCGUCUGCUUCUUUUUUCCCCUGUUCUGCUAGUGCAUUAAGAACCAGAAGAAGAUGUGGAGUUGAGAGGGGGUUCAAGGACAAGCCUUAUCCCAGGCUGGCAAAGAUGGUUCUAUCUGCGACAUUAACUCAGGAUCCAGGCAGACUUAUUCAGCUUAAUUUGCACCACCCUUUAUUAUUGAAAGCUGGACAAAUGCGUUAUCGGCUCCCAGAAAAUUUGGAAUCUUAUAAACUGAUUUGUGAAAAAAAGGUCAAGCCUUUAUAUUUAAUUGCCCUUUUGAAAUCCCUGGGAGAAGAAAAGUGCCUGGUUUUUACAAAAUCUGUGGAUUCAACACAUCGUCUCUGCCAAUUGCUAAAUUGUUUUGAAGAUCUGCGAAUUGAUAUCAAGGAGUAUUCUAGUUUACAACAUCAACGUGUAAGAAGCAAGACAUUGAACGAAUUCCGUAAAGGGGUGUUUCAAGUGCUUCUAUCUUCUGAUGCAUUGACUCGUGGGAUGGAUGUUGAAGGGGUAAGAAAUGUCAUUAAUUAUGACGUGCCCAAAUUCAUAAAAACUCAUGUUCAUCGGGCGGGCAGGACUGCAAGAGCUGGCCAGACUGGGCGUUGCUUCACAUUGAUGUCAGAAGAUGAGGUUCGACGAUUUAAGAAGUUAAUUGGAAAGGCUGAGGGUGGUUCUUGUCUGGACCAUAUUGUUCCGUCCAGUCAAAUUGAAGCACUCAACACUACCUACGAAUCAGCACUGACAAAAUACAAGGAGAUAAUUUCGAAGACACGAAAGAAACCCAAGAAUUAGAAUCUUCUUAGCUGAGCACAAGUGAAUGGAAAAAAAUAUAUUUAAUAGGAAUAGCAGCUUAUUCACGAACACGUAAGGGAAAAGCAUGUUAGCUUCAAAACAUCAAAGUAAUCCCUUGAAAUAUUCAACUAACAAUGAGAGUUCUAAGUUCUACAAUGGAAAUGACAGGCUGAAGUAUUCAGGGCUUGAACUCGUGUUAUCAGGGAAUAUUCUCAGUGGUGUUCCAUUUCUUGUAUUUCUUGAGGUCUUUUGUACUAGUUGAUUAUUUUGUUGACGGGGUAGAUGUAUGCCAUUAUAUAUCAAUAACGAUGACAAGUGUUCAUCCAAAUCUGCAGGAUUAUUUUUUAAUUAUAUUUUUCACAUUUUAGUGUAGAUACAGUUAAAAGUUUGCAUGGAAUUAUUAGCUUUGUUUUAA